AUGUCUGAUCCCUCCAACCGAGGCAUUGUGGUGGUUUCUGGAGGCAGUGCCGCGAACAACCUGGUAGACGUCUUCAAUGCGGUCCGCGACAGCAAAGAUUGUCUACUCAGCUACAUCAUUCCAAUUAGCGACAAUGGCGGGUCAUCCUCGGAGCUCAUCCGUAUCUUUGGAGGGCCUGGAAUAGGUGAUGUCCGAAGUCGCCUAGUACGAUUGAUUCCCGACUCACCCGCGAAUCCGGAGCGUGCAGCAAUCAAAGCGCUGUUUAAUCAUCGUUUGCCUGCACAGGCCGCGACGGCAGCGCAUGAAUGGCUUACUAUUGUAGAUGGCACCUCAGGCCUCUGGCGAUGUAUCACUCCAGCGAAGAAGGAGCUGAUCCGUUCAUUUUUCAACAUGUUGAACCUAGAAAUCCUCAAGCGGGCUCGGCCGCCGUCAUCCACUUUUGAUUUUACUUCUGCGAGCGUGGGCAAUCUCUUUCUGACGGGUGCUCGGCUCUUCAGCGGCAGCUUUGAGAGUGCAAUUUAUCUCCUGGGUAGCAUUUGCGGCGUCCAGUCCGAUGUUGUGCGGGUCAUUCCAGCAAUCAAUUCAAACUUCUCGCACCAUAUAUCUGCAACGCUUGAGGAUGACACGGUCAUCGUGGGCCAGAACAGCAUUUCACACCCCAGUGAGGCAACAGCUCUUCAGCCCGAUCGAGGCUCUAGGCCGAGACGCCCAAGCCUCCUGCUUGCCGAUGGAGAUGAUCUCGAAGACACGAGUUCAGAUGCUUCCGAUGCCGUGUCCUAUGAAGAGGACCAUCUUCCAGGGUCUUUAGCCACUCUGCGAAACAAGAACAUCGCCUUCAGCAAGGCUGGGAACGAGGAUCUUCCAUGCCGAAUCAGUCGAGUGUGGUACAUCAAUCCAUACGGACAAGAGAUUCGACCACCUGCCAACCCCCGAGUGCUAGAGGCGUUGGGUGAUGCGCAAGCGAUCAUUUACAGCAUAGGUUCUCUUUAUACCUCCAUUAUACCGGCGCUCAUCCUCCGGGGAGUGGGCAAGAACAUCAUGAAAAGCCCAGCACGCCACAAAAUACUGAUCCUCAACGGCUCUCUGGACCGUGAAACUGGACCUCCUUCAAAACCCUUUGUAGCCUCCGAUUUUGUUGAGGCUAUUGCGCGGGCCUGUGAGGAAAGUCGGGGACGCCAUCACCAAAGAUUUUCACAGAGGCUGGAAGAAUCACCAGGAUCGCCGGCUACCAUUCGACCACACAGUUCGAUCUCGUACACUGCUUAUGUGACGCAUAUUCUGCACCUAGACGGUCCCGGUACGCCGAGAGUUGAUCGGGAACGGCUAGCAGAGAUGGGCAUUGAAACGCUGCGCCUAUAUGGGCGAAAAAUCACUGCAAAAGAAGGGGAUCGGGAGGUUUGCGUGGGAAUGAAGUAUGAUCCUCAGGCCCUCAUACAGGCUUUGGAGGUGGUUCUUGGGAAGAAAGGCGAUGCAAUGGUACGCGGCGGACUCGGAAAUGGGCUGAAUAGAAGAAACACUUUGGAUCCUGGCCGGCGCGACAGAUAA